CCAAUACAAAAACAACAGAUUCAUGUCUGAAAAGACAUUCACAACAGUGAGUGCGAAGAGCAGACAUCUGGACAGCAGAGGACUUUUUUUUAUUAUUUCCAAAAUCCACCUUGGGGAAUUGUCACUCUGUAACUCUGACAAAGUUUUUUUUUGUUUUUCCUUUUUUUUUAACUUUCGCAUUCAAAAUAACAGAAAAUAUUCACAGUGUUUUGUGUCGUAUCUGGUGAAAGAAUGGACAAAAUGUCAGGAGAGGUGAAGCCAGAGAGUUUGUCGUUGUGUCCUCUGGGCACAGCUGCUGCCCCAGAGCCAGAGCUGCUGUGUAUCUUUGGGACCGGAGACUUAGGACGCUCUCUGGGUCUGCGUCUGCUGCAGGCUGGCUACAGGGUGGUGUACGGCAGCCGCAGACCACACAGCUGUGGCCCAUUGCCUCAGGGAGCUCAGGUGAUGAGCCAUGUGGCAGCAGCCCAGUCUGCCCCUCUGGUCUUAAUGUGCAUCCAGAGAGAUCACUACGAUUUCCUGGAGACACUUGCACCUCAACUCAAGGGGAAGGUGUUGGUGGAUGUCAGCAACAACAUCAAGAAGAAUAUGUACCCAGAAGCCAAUGCUGAGUAUCUACAAAGGCUGAUCCCUGCAGCUCAAGUGGUGAAAGCUUUUAACACUUUGUCUGCCUGGGCUUUGCAGAAUGGACCAUCGGAUGCCAACAGACAGGUGUUCCUGUGUGGAGACAGUAAAGAAGCAAAGCAGGCCGUUGCAGACGUGGCCACCAAACUGGGCUUCACUGUUCUGGAUAGAGGGGCUUUGUCUGUAGCCAGAGAACUUGAGGACUUCCCCCUGCAGCUAUUCCCAGAGUGGAGGCUGCCUCUACGUGUGGCCGUUGGCCUCACUGCCUUCUUCUUCUUCUAUGUGGUCCUUAGAGAUGUCAUUUAUGCAUAUGUUGUCCAGGGGAAAGACAUCUCCUUCAGGAUCAUGGUGUCUCUGGCAAACAAGGUGUUUCCCAUUGUGUCGCUCAUUAUGCUGGCACUGUGUUACCUACCUGGUGUCGUAGCUGCCUUCCUUCAGCUCUACAGAGGAACCAAAUACAAGCGUUUUCCCAACUGGCUGGAUCGCUGGAUGCUGUGCAGGAAACAACUGGGACUGCUGGCACUUGGAUUUGCUUUUCUUCAUGUGAUGUACACCCUCAUCAUCCCCAUCAGAUAUUAUGUGAGAUACAGGAUUGCUGACAUAACCAUCUCAGAUAUCAGGGAGAAUCGGACGCGCGAGUUCGACAGUACCACGGCAUGGAGAACUGACUCCUACUACUCUGUAGGGAUUCUGGGCUUUGCUACGUAUCUUCUGCUGGGAAUAACGUCUCUCCCCUCAGUCAGCAAUGCUCUCAGCUGGAGGGAGUUUAACUUCAUACAGUCCAAGCUGGGCUACCUUACAUUGCUCCUCUGCACGCUUCACACCUACCUGUAUGGCUGGAGCAGGUUCCUUAGUCCCUCUUCCUAUAAAUGGUACACUCCUUCUGCCUACCAGCUCUCUCUGGUGUUGCCCUCUCUCGUGUUGGUGCUCAAGCUGUUGCUCCUGCUGCCCUGGGUGGACCGCAGCCUUACCCGCAUUCGACAGGGCUGGGAGAGGAGGACUGAUCCAGAAGAAGCUAGCACGGGACUGUUGUUGACAUAAGGUUUUUAGAAUUACAGUCAGUAAAAAGAAAAAUCAUCAAGUCAGAAUGGACUAUUUGACAUUAGUAUUUUCUAAUUCUUCAGGAAUAGAAGCAGAAGAAGAGGCUUCAUUUCCACUUCCAUUGUAAACAAACUUCACAUUUUUUAUAAAAAUGCAGCAAUAACAAAACAAAAAAAUAUCACUUUUAUGGGAAUCAGACAAACCAAGAAGUCAUGAUCGGAUCAACGAUGUUGACGAUCGACAUAUACCAGCCCACUUGUUUAGAAUCAAAUUUGUUUCUGAAAGGGCUGUAUCGGGUGACAGCUUUCAGAUUGGCAUGACAUAUUUUUAUUCCGAUUACUUGUGUGCAUGUAAACAUGGCUCAUUACACUCAAUCUCAUUUCACUCUUUGCCCCUACCACUUAGCCCUACCCCUCUGUUUUGGGCGUCCUUAUACAUGAGAUAGAGGGGGAUCGCAGAUGCACACUUGAAUUUGAGGGCUAUGAGAAUUUUCCCAGUUUAACUGAAUCCAAGGGAACUAGUAUUGGUGCUGGAAAGCCAACGUUGGUUGUGUAGCUACGCUGAAUACAACAAAACUGGUUUGCUAUUAAAGAAACCUGCAUUCAGGCAUUGGUGACAUUUGCUUCACCAAUGAGGUUUCCAAUUUGCUUCAGACACGCUCAUAAUAAUUUGCAUAGUCCACAAUAGUCAUAGCAAUAUAGCAACAUCUGAUAAUGGUUUUUCAUUUUCUUUUUAAGAUUGCAUGUUGAAUUGCUGGCUGCGUAAAUAAAGACUGGUCAUGUUCUGGUCAUGAAGGGACAGUGCCAAUCCCAGCUCAUUGUUUUGAAUGUGACUACAGGGACAUCAACUGUUCUUAUCUCUAUCUUAUCUGCCACCCAGAUAAGAGAGAUGGCAAAGAGGAAAGAAAUUGAGCUUGUAACUGGAGGGUCACUGGUUAAAUCGGAGGAUGGGUCAAGGGCGCAGAUAAAUGCGCCCAACUUUUGUGUGUAAUAAGGAUGGGUUUAAUGCAGAGGUCAAAUUAACUCUCAUUAAUUGGUGUGUGUACAAAAAUAAUUAAUUGUAAUCUCUUUUUUACUGCUGAGAAGACUGCCUCUCUUUAUGGACUCAUGUUGAAAUGAUUGUAUUUUAUAAUCAUAGCGUGUACAGUGGCAUGUGCCAUGUUUAAUGGUCCAUACAGAUGCUGAAGACACAUGUUAAAGUAGUUGUGCAGCAUUCCAAGAAGCUGCCCUUUUUCUUCUUAAAGUCACAUAACAGCAACUGUGACAGACUCCUAUAACAUCAGCAGCAAAUGUUUGACUUUGUCAGAUUUUGGAGUUUCUCGACAGCGUUAAACUACAGUGCAUGGCAGCGUUUGUUUACAUGACAUCUCUCUCUUUUGUAAAUGGUGUUUUAUUUCAAUUGUUUGUCACUACAUUAAAUGCUCUUCAAAUAAACUUCCUUGUAACCGAU